GUUUAGAAUAUCUCUCUUCUCAUGUGAGAAGAAAGUCCACACCCAUUUCCCCUGUCGCGUCUCUCUCUCUCUUUCUCUCAUAUGCAGAUCUUGAGCUAAGCCACAAGCAUAAACAUCAGAUUUACAUCAUUAAUCUGGCAUUCAGAAUGGACUUCCACUUCCCAUCACUCACUGGAUCCAUUACUAAACUCUGCUCCUUCACCAUUUUGCUUCUUUUCUUGCUUUCUUGCUCCACUUUCACUCCUACAGAAGCCUAUGAUGCUCUUGAUCCAAAUGGGAAUAUCACUAUCAAAUGGGACGUAAUAAGCUGGACUCCAGAUGGCUAUGUUGCAGUUGUUACCAUGUACAACUUCCAGCAAUAUCGCCACAUUCAAGCUCCAGGUUGGACAUUGGGUUGGACAUGGGCAAAAAAGGAGGUAAUAUGGACCAUGAUGGGAGGCCAAACCACAGAGCAAGGGGAUUGUUCCAAGUACAAAGGAAACGUCCCCCAUUGCUGUAAGAAGGAUCCUACUGUUGUGGAUUUAUUGCCAGGAACUCCUUACAACCAGCAGAUUGCAAAUUGCUGCAAAGGAGGAGUAAUAAACUCAUGGGCACAGGACGCUGCUACUGCAGUAAGCUCCUUCCAAGUUAGUGUAGGUGCUGCUGGAACCUCUAACAAAACAGUUAGAUUGCCAAAGAACUUCACCCUGAGAGCACCAGGGCCUGGAUACACUUGUGGGCCAGCAAAGAUUGUGAGAGCAACCAAAUUUAUUUCAUCAGAUAAAAGGAGAGUCACUCAAGCUUUAAUGACCUGGAACGUUACUUGUACGUAUUCUCAAUUCCUGGCUCAGAAGACACCCACCUGUUGUGUUUCUCUGUCCUCUUUCUAUAAUGACACAAUAGUAGGUUGCCCGACUUGUGCUUGUGGCUGUAAAAACAGCACAAAUGGACCUGGGAGCUGUGUGGAUCCGGAUGCUCCACAUUUAGCCUCUGUGGUCAGUUCAGGCAAGAAUGACCUUUCACCUUUGGUGCAGUGUACUAGCCAUAUGUGUCCAAUCCGAGUCCAUUGGCAUGUUAAGCUCAAUUACAAGGAGUAUUGGCGGGUGAAGGUCACAAUUACAAAUUUCAAUUACCGAAUGAACUACACACAGUGGAAUAUAGUUGUGCAACACCCGAACUUUGAUAACCUCACCCAGAUUUUUAGCUUUAAUUAUAAAUCACUAACUCCUUAUGACGGAUUAAAUGAUACUGCCAUGUUAUGGGGAGUCAAGUUCUACAAUGAUCUUCUCUCACAAGCUGGCCCUUUGGGGAAUGUACAGUCAGAGCUACUUUUCCGAAAGGACAAAUCAACUUUCACUUUUGAAAAGGGAUGGGCUUUCCCUAGGAGGAUUUAUUUUAACGGUGAUAAUUGUGUGAUGCCACCUCCAGAUGCUUACCCAUGGUUGCCCAAUGACAGUUGUCGUCUGAUCAUCUCUCUAUUCCGCCUAGUCAUGGCAUUCUUGGCGUAUAUUGUUUUCUUUUUUGCAUACAUGUAAUGAAUCAUGUCUGAGCCAAACUACUAAAGGUAUCUGUUCUUCUAACAAUCUGUAAACCUGAUCUGGCAUGGCCUACACGGGAACAUAAAGAAAUCCAGUCUAUGGGCUCAGAAUUCAGAUGUGUCAAGUGCUGCAAGUUAAUCCAACACAAGGUGCUUCAGGUGCACCAUUGCCUGGUCUUCAGUUUAUGAAUUAUCAAUUAGUUGUUUUUUUUUUCCCUACAAGUUAUUUGAUAAGCAGACUGUAUUCAUGUUUCUGUAUGGUUAUUUAUGUCAUGCACAGAUCAUUUUGUCUGUAGAAUAUUGUUAGCAUAUAUAUGUUUUUAUCAUUGUAAUAAGGAAUUGUGUGAGGAAUUUAUUAUUGAUUAAUGGAUUUGUUCCUACCA